AUGUCGUGGAAGCGCACCGAGAGGCUGAUGGACACCAUCAAAGUACGUGUCUCGCUGAGGCAGAUGGUGCAGUUUGGAGAAAAGCCGUCCACAGGAACCCUCUUCCGCGCGUCACAGUUCCUUUCCGAAGAGCUGCCCAUCCGGCUAGCACACCGCGUGCAGGAGCUCAAUGACCUUCCCGAUGGUCUCAAUGAGAUGCCCUCGAUCUGCAGAGCGUUGAUGGGAAAAGCGACACCAAACCCCAGCAUCAAGCAAGGACAGUACCGGUCAGCGCCGGAGCACAACGGUAAUGGCAACGGAAAUGGGAGCAGAGAGGUCAAGGGAGCGACUUCGAGCCGGAGAUACUACGCCGCGGCAGACGACGGGCAGGAAUGGCCGCCGGAGCUGAGCGCAUACAACACCAAGUUCGCAGACACACUCGAGAAGAUCAAGAGGCGGCAUGACAGCGUUGUGACAACCGUGGCUCAGGGUAUCCUGGAGUGGAAGCGCAAGAGGCAACGGAUGCAGAUUGACCACAACAUCCAAGCCUUCCUCGACCGCUUCUACAUGUCGCGCAUCGGCAUCCGUAUGCUCAUCGGCCAACACAUUGCCCUCACAGACCAGCGCGCUCGCUCCGAUCCGAACUACGUGGGCAUCAUCUGCACCAAGACGAACGUCCGGGAACUCGCACAAGAGGCCAUUGAGAAUGCGCGAUUCGUAUGCGAGGACCACUACGGCCUGUUCGAGGCACCCAACGUCCAGCUCGUAUGCAACAACGACAUCAGCUUCAUGUACGUGCCCGGCCAUCUGUCGCACAUGCUCUUCGAGACGCUGAAAAACUCGCUGCGUGCCGUGGUGGAGCGACACGGACAAGACAAGGAAGACUUCCCCGUGACAAAAGUCAUCGUUGCAGAGGGCAAGGAGGACAUUACAAUUAAGAUUUCCGAUGAGGGCGGCGGCAUACCCCGAUCCGCGAUCCCGCUUGUGUGGACGUACAUGUACACGACCGUCGACCAGACGCCCAGUCUCGACCCAGACUUCAACAAGAGCGACUUCAAAGCCCCAAUGGCUGGGUUUGGCUACGGAUUGCCCAUAUCACGGCUCUACGCACGAUAUGGUUCGCGCCCGACGAGCGUGCUGGCUAUGAAGGCCAUGAAGUUGAAGUUGAGCGGCAAUGUUAGUCGCGAGGUUAGUGAGAGGCGGCAGGUGGGUGAUGCAGAGGAGAUGUUUGCGGACAAGGGGACGCCGUGGUGGAGAAAUGUCGGCAUGGAUGAGGGGCACCACCACCACCACCAUCCCAACUUCCUCACCACGGUCCUCAACCCCCCGGCGCCCGCGCCCACUUUCUCCGCGACGCAGCGCAGCUUGCAGGCGCGCAAUAAAGCGUACAACAACACCAACACCAACUACCACCACGGCGCGGCUGCGGCGGCCGAGGCUGAGAGCUAUGAAGCGCGGCAGCGCAGGGAAGAAGCCGGGCGGAUUCUCGAGCGCGAGGAGAUGCUGAUUUGGUGGAGUCAGGCGCGGAAUGAGAGUGUUCCCCAGACGCGCACGCACUUCCGCAAUAUUGUGCUGGGCAUCGAGGAGCGCGCCGAUGUCGUGUGGAGGGAGGAGUGGGAGUUGGAGAAGGAUGCAGUGGGGGCGAGUCCCAGGGGGAAGGAGAGGGAGAGGGACAAGGGGAAGAGGAGGGUUGUGUCUGGGACACGUGAGUGAGUGAGGAAUGGGGGGGGGAGGUGGUAAUGUGCACGAAUAAUGAGUCGCAUAAUGGGGCGUUCAUGGGAGACGGGGCGCGUGAUACUUGGUGGUAAUAUGAUUCUAUGGGAGGAAUUCAAUUGUUUGUACAAAAGUCUUUAGCUAGAGUUGCACAAGUCUGAUUGUGA